AUGAAACCGCUGGCAAUAUUUCGAAAUCAAUUCGAUUUUCAAUCUCUACGAUGGAAAGACAUGAUUCGAUGGUUUCCCGGUCAUAUGCACAAAGGUAUGAAAGAUCUCGAAGAAUCACUAUUACGUACUGAUGGUAUUAUUGAAGUUCAUGAUGCGCGUGUUCCACAUUCUGGUCGUAAUUCAGAGCUAUAUAAGCGAUUGGUUGGUGGCCAUAAGCCACACUUACUUAUACUUAAUAAGUCAGACUUAGCCGAUCCACAUUAUGUAAAUAAAUCAAUGGAAUACAUUCAAAUUGAACAACCAAAUACACAAGUUGUUCAUACAAGUUUAAUGUCAAUUGAUAUGAAAGAAUUAACAAAUCUAUUCGGUCGUCUUCUUCAACAAAUAGUUGAAUCACCACGUUAUACAAGACGUUCAUCAAUUGAAUAUAAUAUUGUUGUGUGUGGAAUACCUAAUGUUGGCAAAUCAACGUUUAUUAAUAAACUUCGUAAUUUAUUUGCAAAUAAAGCCAGUUGUGAACGUGUUGGCGCAAGUCCUGGUGUCACACGAAGCAUGAGUGAAAAAGUUAAAAUAUCAAAUCGACCAAAAGUAUUUGUACGUGACACGCCUGGCAUACUUGAGCCACGUUUAAAAUCAGCUAAUGAAAGUUUUCGAUUACUUUUAACUAAUUGUAUACCAAUUCAACAACGUGAACUAUCUGAUAUAAUUGCUGACUAUGGUUUAUUUCUAUUAAAUAAAUAUGAACAACAACGUUUAUACAUGAAAUAUUGUGAACUUGAUAGACCAACUGAUGACAUAUUAACUGUUCUAACUGCAAUAGCAAAGCUAAAAAAAUGCACACAAGUAUAUGGAAAUAAACGAGGCUAUGAUUUGACAGGUGCAGCGUUACAUUUCAUUAAUGAAUUCAAUAAAGGUACAUUUGGUCACAUAACACUUGAUCAAGAUAUUCUUGAUGCAAUGGAACAAGAAAAAUUGAGUGAUACCAAUUUAUUUCGAGCUAGCUCUGGUCGAAUAAAAAAAUCAAUUUAA